UUUCAGCAGCGCAGGGGUUCACGAUGGCGGAGUGUUCAGUCGGAUCUUUCAGAUCCUGUACAGGAAUGAGGAGGUGACCCUGGAGGACCGCAUGAGCUUCAGAGUGCACCUGCUGCUGGACGGUGAGAGGGUGGAGGAAGCCAUGAGUGAGGUGGACGUCCAGCUCAAACUAGAUCUGCACUUCACUGACAAUGAACAGCAGUUGGCGGAUCUCCCCUCAGUGCCUCUGAUUAGCAGCAGGACGUUGGGUUUGCACUUCCAUCCUCACCAAGGCCUACACCACCACCUGCCCGUCAUGUUUGACUACUUCCACCUGUCCGUCAUCUCCGUCUCAGUCCACGCCUCCCUGGUGGCACUGCACCAACCACUGAUCAGUUUUGCGCGCAGUGGUAGGGGGUCGUGGCUGGGGAAAGGGUCUCCCGAGAGCGAAGCUCCGCCCUCUGCGAUGUCAGUGGAGAAUCUGAUGUUUGGGGCUGGAUACUGCAAACCUGUCCCAACAGAGGGCAGUUUUUACGUGCCAUCAGAGAACUGUCUGCAGAGAGCGUACACGUGGCACCGGCGCAUCUGUAAACUGUUGCUGGCGGCUCACAGAGCUCUGCGCUCGUAUUACACAGUACUGAUGAAGGAGAUCCCUCAACUGCAACGCAAAGAGAUGGAGGACCUUCCCCUUGAAGAAACAUUAAACCAGCUGACCAUUGAACUGCAGCUGCAGAGUGGCCAUGAGAAGGUAGCUGAACAGAUCAGUAAAGACCUGACGCAGCUCUGUGCUCAGCUGUCUGCUCUUUGGACACAGUUUUUGGAAGCCACGGUUCCUAAUCCACAUAUCCGCUCAUACCUGGCCCAGGAGCACCACACGCUCAGGGUCAGGAGAUUUUCUGAAGCGUAUUUCUUCACGGAGCAUCCCAAAGAGUCCUCGCUAACAUUUCAGGAGGAGCUUAUCAACAGACACGCACAGGUGGCCACAGAGAUGCGCAACUCUGAUUACCUGCUCCGAAUGCCUCCACUUCCUGUGGAAUGCCUGGACAUUGACGGAGACUGGAACAGCCUGCCAAUCAUCUUCGAGGACAGAUACGUGGACACGCCCUGUUUAGACUACAACCUCCAUGAACAAAAUCAGACUGUCUUGAACUCUCAGCCGUCUCCUGAGCCAACCAGAACUAUCAGUCCAGUUGAAGGAACACAGGACACCAACUCACCAGCAUCAGCCCCUGACAAACCUCCCUGUGAAGAUUGCAAGGAUUUGCCCACGGACAUGACGCUGACUGGCCAGCAGGAGGAUCGCAUCACUGAUUAUAAAGAGACCGGACCACAAGCAGAGACUCUGAUUGGCCGUGUGUGUGAGACAGAUAUUGACAGAAGCGAAUGCAUCGUGACGAGCAGAGAUUCAAGAAUUGAGUCUGUUGAUGAAGCCACAUGCCGAUAUGAAACCGAGGAAGGAUUUGAUGUCGACUGUAGGUCUGUGGACAGCGAUGAAGCAAUAGAUACAGAUAACCUGGAGAAAACUAGUUGCCAAAAAGAAACGGUAAACUUUGACGAAUCUGAACAUGCAGGUCUAAAACAAACUGAUAUCACACAAAUAACUGAUUUGAGUAGCAGGCAGACAUUGCUGCUUGUUGACUCUGCAGAACUUCCCGACCACACCAGUCUUGACAGCUUUGAGUUCUUGCCCACUCACAACCAUGACAACCAUCUUCAAACACCUGGGAGUCUUGGCAACGAGGAGCCACAGUCGGAUGACAGAUACAUUGAAGCGCCUGCAAAGGAUUAUGGGAGCCAGGAUACAUCACCAGCUAAUCUACUGAACACCAAGUCUCCUUCUCGUAACGUUCUACAACAGAACCGUCGCUUGUCCGAGAACCCUCCCAGGGGAGUAUUCUUGGGCGGGGCUAAGCUAAUAAACCGCUCCUCCUCCGUGAUCUCAGACUCCGGUAUUGAGAGCGAGCCGAGCUCUGUGGCCUGGACCCUGGAGGGUCGAGGAGUUGUCGCAGGGGGCCGUGACGUCUUGCAGACCUUGGCGCGGUGUCGGGCGGCGCAUCAGAGCUCUCUCGAGGGCCUGCAGACGGAAAGUCACGGAAGCCUUCCCAGUGCCACACAGGCCUCUUUGACCUCCAUUAGCUCGCUACCGUACGAAGAGGAGGAGGAGAGGCAGCUCAACACUUUGACCAAAUCUGUCUCGGCGCCGCAGAUCAGCAGCCCUGACGACAACGAGGAGGAUCGUGAAACACCCAAUCAGGUGGACUGUGUGGCCAAUCAUUUGAGGCUGAGUGAGGAAGCAGCCAGUGAGGUGAAGCCGAAUCUUCAAGGCGUUAUUAGAGAGGACAAAGAAGAAACAACCAAUCAGGAGGAGAUGAAUGUUUGUAUGGCCAAUCAGCUGAGGCUGAGUGAGGAAGCAGCCAAUGAGGUGAAGCGGAAUCUUCAAGCUGUUACUAGGGAGGACAGAGAGGAAUCAAUCAAUCAGGAGAAGAGGAAUAUUUGUGGGGCCAAUCAGCUAAGGCAGAGGACUGAAGCAGCCAAUGAGGUGAAGCGGAAUCUUCAAGGUGUUACUAGGGAGGACGGAAACGAAGCAACCAAUCAGGAGACUGACACAGAUGAGUCUUCCAAUCAGGAAAAGACAGAUCUUGCUUUUGUAAAUACAGAAAUGUUACUAUACCAGCAAUUUCUGAUGGAUAAUGGUGUUGAAAAUGCCACACUGACUGAAAACUCUGAGGAAUGUCAAGGAAACGCAUUGCUUAAAGAGUAUUCUGGUGUAAUGGAUGACAAGACAGAGAUUUGUUGUGAAAAUGAAUACUGCAAACACAAAGGGGAGCUAGAGUCAAACGCAUAUCAAAAGGACCAUGAUGACAUCAGUGUUUGUAACAUUCAUUUGAACGAACUUGAGGAAGUAAGUAUGGAGAACCUCCCAGAUUUACCAACCAAUGACAAGAGCGGUCACGGAAUAACAGCCAAUGAGAAAGAAAGGCUCGCAGAUCUCAUCAAGCUUCCGGCCAAUGAGAGAGAGCAGCAGGCGCUAGAGGGGCAGAGCAGAGCCAAUAAAGUGCAAAGUACAGGUCUGGCAUUCAUGAACAAAAAGGUGGUGGAGGUUGUGAACCUGUCGGUGUCGUGCGCCCCCACGUGUCUGCCCUUCUCGUCCGUACUCCGUGAUUCACCGUCGGUCAGUGGAAUCUCCACACGCCAAGCCACCUCCCCAAUUACCCAUCAACCCCUGGGGUCCUUCGGAAUCAUCUCCUCCAAUACCUUCUUCGGGGAUGACCAGAAAAUCAACGAACGAAUGAUCAACUUCUAUAAGGCAAAGGAAGCCCUGCUGAGUGAGCUGGUGUUCAGAGGCACUCUCUACAGUGAUCUCCCUCACCUCGCCUCCGAUCAUCCAUACUUCCCCCCUGAGGAAGACGACACAGAGUUUGAGGAUGGGAUACACCUUGUGGUGUGUGUCCAUGGACUUGAUGGUAACAGCGCUGAUCUGCGGUUGGUCAAGACAUUUAUAGAGCUCGGGCUGCCGGGAUCUAGACUGGACUUCCUCAUGUCAGAACGCAACCAGGUGGACACAUUUGCAGAUUUUGACACCAUGACUGAUAGACUUAUGGACGAGAUCAUUCAGCACAUCCAGCUGUACAACCUCACCAUCAACCGAAUCAGUUUUAUCGGGCACUCUUUGGGGAACGUCAUCAUUCGCUCUGUUCUGACCCGACCCAGAUUUCGCUGUUACCUCUGUAAACUCCACACAUUCCUGUCCCUGUCUGGACCCCACCUGGGAACGCUGUAUAACAACAGCACGCUAGUCAGCACAGGUCUAUGGCUAAUGCAGAAACUGAAGAAGUCCGGAUCUUUACUCCAGCUUACGUUUAGGGAUCACACUGACCCACGACAGACCUUCCUCUACAGACUCAGCAAGAAACCAGGUCUCCAGUUCUUCAAAAACGUGGUGUUGGUGGCCUCCCCACAGGACCGAUACGUGCCCUUCCACUCGGCCCGCAUUGAGAUAUGUCGGACAGCCCUUAAAGACAGAACCACAGGUCCAGUGUAUACAGAGAUGAUCAAUAACUUACUCCAGCCAUUGCUGAGCGCUCCAAACUGUCGUUUGAUCCGACAGAACGUGUUCCAUGCGUUACCGAACACGGCCAACACGCUGAUCGGACGCGCGGCUCACAUCGCGGUGCUUGACUCUGAACUCUUCCUGGAGAAGUUUCUUCUGGUGGCCGGGCUCAACUACUUCAAAUAGCCACGCUUCAGAGAUGCCAUCAUCUCAGUUCUGUGGGAGAGCCAAUCAGACUACAUCCUCGCAUCAGCCAAUCACAUUUCAUUUCAGAGUCAUAAUGAGCUCUGGAAUUUUUU